AUGAAGCUUGUUCCCCUGUUUUGCUGGCUCAGCAGCCUGGUAUCAGUCCACGCGACCCCUUUCCAGCACUCCCACCUCGACUUCUCCAUCCAAGGGUUCGCAAAGGACAACCCUCUAGGCGAAACAACCGGCGGAAAAGGCGGCCCUACAACCACCGUAUCAACCUUACCCGCCCUACGUACCGUAAUCGCCGGCACAAACCCCUUGACCAUCGUUGCCAAAGGCAUCUUCAACCUAACCAACCAACCACGCCUCCGUCUCGGCAGCAACAAAUCUUUGCUCGGUCACAAGAAAGGCGCAAAAUUCGUCGGCGGCGGUAUCUCUGCUAUCAACCAGACUAACAUCAUCAUUCGCAACGUACAGAUCAGCUUUGCGUAUGACAAUGAUUGCAUUACAUUGCAAAACACCACUCGUGCUUGGAUAGACCAUAACGAGUUUUUCUCUGACUUGGAACACGGUCCUGAUUUCUAUGACGGGCAGGUUGAUUUGGUGAGAGCGACUGACUGGGUGACUGUGUCCUGGAACUACUUCCAUGAUCACUGGAAGUCCUCCCUCGUCGGCAACAGCGACGCCCUCCGCGAGGUCGAUACAGGCCAUCUACACAUAACCUACCACCACAACCACUGGUCCAACAUCGGUACUCGUGGACCCGCAGGACGCUUCGGUCACCAACACAUCUACAACAAUCUCUACACCUCCUUCCUCUACCAAGCCAUCCACUCGCGCUCCGACAACCAAAUGCUGAUCGAAGGCAAUGUAUUUCGCGGCAACACUAGAGAAGCAGUAUCCUCGUAUGGUCUUGUAAUCCCUGAAGAUUCGCCGAAUACAUGUGUUUGUGGCGACUUCGAGAUUGACGGCUACGUGAACUUUGGGGCGAGGAAUGAUUGGGGUGGGGCGGGCGUUAAUGUUACGCAAUGGGGGACUUUCAAGAAGGCGCCGUAUAGGUAUCAGUUGACGAGAUUGGGGGAUGUGGAGGAUGUUGUUGUCAAGGGGGCUGGCAUUGGCAAGAUCUGA